AUGUCUGUCGAAAACGGCUCCGAUACCACUACUCUGAGUGAUGCUCGAUCACUCGAACUACAGAGAGCAGAGGCUGUUCCGUGCCCAACAGAAGUACCACUCGUAAUGGAGUCAAGACCGACGUCAGGCCCACCCUUGAACGCAUAUUCGGCGUCGUUGCAUGAGAGUGCAGACGCAAUGCUAAAGAAGACUGCCCUUCGUGAGGUACUCACUGCAUCAGAUUCUGUGCCUUUCACAAGAGAAGAGUAUUGCAAAAUUUUGCGUGAAAACGUUUUGCUGCGCGCGAAGUUGGACGCAGAAACAGCUGAAACCCAGGAAGAGAUCAAACGGCUCUCUAGUAAGAUUCGUAGGUGUUCCUUCGCUUCUGUGUCUGAAUUAACAGUGCCACAAAUUUAG